UCCAGCCACGGAACGACCUCCAGAAAAGAGCAAGUCAUGUGGACUUGCGUGCACGUCCAAAGCCAGACUUCAACACCACAUGUUUGCACACUGUCUCAAUGAGUCUGAAAAGUGUCCUGCUACUCCUCCAGCAAAUGUUCAGAUGGGAGAGGAGGCGGGUGCGACGUGUGUCCCUCUGCAUCCUCACAGUCUGUCAGCCACGAGAACCACGCCACGUUUCGAAGCGUACUGAUGAGAAGACAUACAUGUGCGGUCUCUGUCCUGCAGAGUUCAUCCAGGGCACACACCUGCAGCGCCACAAGAUGAUGCACACUGGCGAGAAUCCAUGGAAGUGCGAUCUCUGUCCUGCAGAGUUCAACCGGAAUGCGCAUCUACGGCUGCACAAGCGGACACACAAUGGGGAGAAGCCAUACAAGUGUGACGUCUGCCCUGCAAAGUUCCGCCGGAGCAGUGACAUGCAGCGCCGUAAGAGGACACGCACCGGUGAGAAGCCAUACAAGUGCGAUGUCUGUCGUGCAAAGUUCAGCCGGAGCGGGCACCUACGGGACCACAAGAGGACACACACUGGCGAGAAGCCAUACAAGUGUGACCUCUGUCCUGCAGAGUUCAUCCAGAGUACGCACCUGCAGCAUCACAAGAAGAAACACAUGGGCGAGAAGCCAUGCAAGUGCGAUGUCUGCCCUGCAGAGUUCAUCCAGAGAAGUAACCUGCAGUGUCAUAAGAGGACACACACUGGUGAGAAGCCAUACAAGUGUGGUGUCUGCCCUGCGGAGUUCAGCCGGAGCGGGCACCUACGGGACCACAAGCGGACACACACUUGAGAGAAACCAUACAAGUGCCAUGUCUACCCUGCGCAGUUCAGCCAGAGCAAGCACCUACAGCAUCACAGGCGGACACACAUGGGGGAGCAGCCAUAAAGGUGGGACCUCUGUCCCGCAGAAUACAACCACGGCGUGGGGCGAGAAGUCAUACAGGAGCAUUCUCUGUUUUGCAAACUUGAGGCACACCACGAACCUGCAGCUUUAUAGGCAGACGUCUAUGGGCGUGAAGCCACAGAAAUGCAACCUCUGUCCUGCUGGGUUCAGCCACAGUACAAACACAUACUAUCCAGAGAACAAGCUGCUAGCAGAGCGUCAGCUUGUUCAGCGAGAGCGUAAACUUCAAACUUGACAAGUGGCCAUGAGGCACUUGGGAUAGAAACGAUGCAUUUAUGCAAGAAAGCAGCCGUCCCAGUGUCAAUUCCGUUGUCCUCUACCCGGACACCUGAACAAGUACAUCCUAGUGCACAGAGAGGCAAUGCUGUAUGACACCAUAUUUUAUUUCUGUUCGAUAUUUUUAAACUCGCAUACAUGAACAGACUGAGUGAGUUUGAAAAAAAGUUGGAUUGAAGCUGGAUUGGGUGGUGAUGGAUGUCAGAAGGAAACCCAGUGCCUGUGGAAUGACAUGUAUGGAGCGAUCACUGUGAGACAGUUGUGUGUUGUGUGAGAGACUAAAUGUGGUUGUGAUGUUUGUUACAUGAGACAGCGCUGGCUUAAUUAAUGAAUAAAUGUUCU